GGAAGGUUCUUCCUGUUAAAAGGGAGUUUUUCCUUUACACUAUUGCCAACUGUGUGUAGUCUGAAUGUUGGGGUUUUCUCUGCGUUAUUGUAAGAUCCUUGUCAUACAACAUAAACCUGGAGGCAACUCUUGCUGUGAUUUGGUAUUAUAAAAAUAAAACUGAGCGGAAAUGAAUUUAUUUAAAAGUAUGAACAGCAUCAAUGACUUUGCACUUCAGGAGCUUCGGUCAAUAAGACUGGAAAGAGGCUUUAGCUGAUUUGAAGUCUAGAAAGAAGCUAAACAACUGGGAAGUCCACAAACUUAUGACGAUCUCAGCUCCCAGACACGGGAGAAUCUGGUGGAUCAUAAUCGAGCAUUUUCUUAAAUUCAUAUUUUUAUCGUAAGAAAACAGAAAGAUAAUCUGCUCACGUUAAACUUGUUUGGUCGCGAAGCAGCGACGUCGCAAAAUGAUGACUUCACGUGUUGACUUUGUCGUCAGACUGCGCGACAAAUGUAGUCUUAUUUAUUUACGGAAGCUUAAGCCAGGCGGUAGUUCGCACUUACAUCCUGGAUAAGGAGAACUACUGGAUUUGAUUAUUAAAUAUUUCUUUCAACUCGCGAACAUUAACUUCAGUCGAAGUCUCACUCUUUAGCUUUGCCUCUAAAGUGCGUUGACCUGUUAGCCUAGCUUAGCCUAGCAGCACUGCUCGGCUGAGAUGUGUCCUGAGCUAGCACCGCCGACAGCAUGACAGCACUGUGAUAUCUGGUGUUUGUGUGUGACUGUGUUAAACUGCCGCUGGUUAAACAGGGUUUGUACGAAAGUGGGGCUGCUUCCGGACCGUUCACAACAUGUUAAACGUCCCGACCCAGUCCUUUCCGGCACCGAGCUCCCAGCAGCGGGUCUCUCCGUCCGGCCAGUCCGGGAGGAACAAGGUGGCCUUGAAGCCGGGCCACAGUCUCAUGGACUGGAUUCGGUUUGCCAAGAGUGGAAAAGAUCUUACUGGACUCAGAGGGCGCCUCAUUGAAGUUACUGAGGAAGAACUGCAGAAACACAACAGGAGAGAGGACUGCUGGACCUGCAUACGAGGUAUGGUGUAUAAUGUGAGCGCCUACAUGGACUACCACCCUGGUGGAGAAGAGGAGCUGAUGAAGGCAGCAGGAGUAGAUGGAACUGAACUCUUUGACCAGGUCCAUCGCUGGGUCAACUAUGAGUCUAUGCUGAAAGAGUGCCUGGUGGGCAGGAUGAGCACCAAGGCCGCCACAGCUGUUAGAGCAAUCCUCCCUCCCCCACCUGUGACUGGCCUCGCCUCACCGACUUCAGUGGCUCCUCUUCCAGACAAAGACUCUCGCCCUCGGUACGAUUGGUUCCAGACUGAUGGGACUGUUCAUCUGGUUGUUUAUACCAGAAGAAAGAUACCCAGCUCAGGCUGUACCACUGUCGAUCUAAAGGCAGGUGUUCUUCGACUGGAGGUGCUGCUGGGGAAAAUGUCCUACGUGAUUCAUUUGCGUCUCUCUGAUGAAGUUGAGGAAAAUGUUGCAGUUCACACUGCUUUCUCCGUGGGAAAGAUCCAGGUUAGCAUACGCAAAGGUGCUCACGGAAAAUGGGCGAGCCUCGGUCAACCUCUGGAGUCCCAUAAUACGUUUGUACGCCAAAAGGACCGAGCUCUCUUCUAUCGGGAUUGUGUGUUGGUGUCUAAGACUGAGGUGAACCACAACACUUACCUGUUCAGACUGCAGCUCCCAGCUGGGACUGUCAUGCAUGUGCCAGUCGGGAAACACGUCUGUCUGAAAGCGCUCGUCCAAGACGUGGAGGUAGUGAGGCCGUACACUCCAGUGGAGCACAUAUUUCCAGCAGCUUCUAAGAACGGGUCACAGGAAUCAGACCUCUACCUCAUGAUCAAAGUCUACCCUGGUGGAGCGUUCACCCCACACCUCAGCAGCCUGAGUGUCGGUGACCGUGUGGCCGUAAGUGGUCCAGAAGGCACCUUCAGUCUCCGCCCUCUUCGUGAUGUUACAAACCUCUACUUAAUAGCUGCAGGCACAGGCUUCACGCCCAUGGCUCGUCUCAUCCGUGCAGCCCUCGAAGACAUCGAAACCAUCGGAAACACAAAGCUGCUCUUUUUUAACCGACAAGAAGAGGACAUUCUUUGGCGCUUUGAACUGGAUGAACUGGCUGCUAAUAACGACAGGUUUCAGGUGGAGCAUGUCCUCUCUGAGCCCAGUGAACGCUGGACCGGCCGGAAAGGUCCGGUGAACGAGCCCAUCCUUACUGAGCUGCUGUCCAGGCCUGAUGGGUCCAAAUGCUACGUGUGUGUCUGUGGCCCUGCAGCCUUCACAGAGCUAACACUCGGGUUGUUGAAGCAUCAGGGCUUCAGUGAGCAGGAGCUCCACGCCUUCCAGGGUUGACGUGAAGCGAACACUGUGUUUCUAUGCAUCGAGAACUUGAUGAUGCUGAUACGUUUGAGGUGCUCUGAGGAACGUCAUAUAAAUAAAUAGAAAUAUCACUGGUACUGUUUCAGAUACAGUGGAUCCAGAAAGUAUUCUUUCAGCAGUUGUCAUGAUCCAGCCUUAUUCCAAAAUACAUUCAAUUUGUUUGUGUAAUUGCUGCUCACCUGAAUGCUUUGAGGAGUGAACAGCCAGUGACACCUCAGCCUGAGUCCAACCUGCUGAUUUUUAUAAACACACUGCACCUUCAGUUCUGCCUUGACAGAACCUUAUCACCUGCCUCUAGUUUUUAAUUCACUUUCAUUUAUAAAGUGUUAAAAUCACAACAGCAAUCCCUGCGAGGUGCUUUAUAUUGUAAGGUAAAGACCUGCAAUAACACAGAGUUCACAUUGCAGGAUGUUAUGCCACACAGCUACGAGGGUAGAAGGUUACUAACAAUGAAAUGUCCCAGGAGUAUCUCUGCCUGCUAAAGAAAAGUGUUGCAACAGAAGGAGAUUUUUCCAACUAUCAAAAAGAAAACUAAUGAGCGCCACGUGCUUCCUAGCAUGGUAUGGUGGCACCACCGCCUGGUCACGAUGCCAGUAAAGCAGCCUUUUCCCGGGGCUUUAAAAACGUUGCUCAGGCUAAAUUCAAAGGUUUGCUUUGAUCAUAUCAAACUCAUUGCUACAUAAUACAGGCCUCAGCAGUGCCGACCUGUGGCUGUAGCUCAGGUGGUAGAGCGGGUCACCUACUAACCAGAAGACAUGAUACUAAUCCCAGGUUGCUCUUCAGUGCAUCCAUCGGGGUGUGAAUGUUAGGUAGCACUGGAAGCCUAGAAACGUGCUGGUGUGAUUGGGUGAAUGAACAAGUUGUAUAAAGCGCUUUGAGUGCUCAGAUUGGGUAGAAAAGCGCUAUAUUAGAACCAGUCCAUUUACCUUUAGCUCCUCCCACAAUAGUUGGUGCACAUUGUUCCCAUUGGGCUGCAGUCUCUGGAUCUUCAGUUUCAAAAGGUUCUAGCACUGAGCUACCAGGUGUUUCUUGGUUCUUUGCCCGUUCAUAGUCAUCACAUUUAUGCAUAUAACCUCUCUGAGUGGGUUCGCUGGCGUAGCCGUGUUACAUCAGUUCCAUGUUUCCUGUCCUUACCCGUGUAGGCAGCUUCUCAUCUGUCCUGCUCUGGUUUCCCAACACCUGACCUUGUUAAGCUGGGUGACGUCUAAGCCAGUAGUUAGGCUUAGCUAGCAUUUGGGGUCUAGCCCAUGCUGCAUGCAUGUCUUGAAUGGGUAUAAUACGGUCAGUGGAUACAAUUAGAAAACAUCGUUUACAUUACAGUUGGUAAACUUCAUCAAUACUUGGUCACCAAACAUGACUUAUCAGUCAGGGACGCACAUCCACUGUUACAGUCACGCCAAGUACCCCAGCAUGGCUCCUCUGCUCCUGCAGUGGGAUAACACAACCCUUGAAUUGUGCAACAAAGACAUUCAGGCUGCAGACAGAACAACGUGAUGUGCUAUGUAGCUGCAACAAAAAUGAAUCCAGCAGAUUCCAUUAGUGUGCGAGCUACACCACAGCCACAGCUGUUUGUGUCAUAUCAGUAAUGCCAGCUCACAGUCUGGGUUCAGGGAAACUGCUCUCCUUUAACAUAAGGCUUCAAACUUGCAUCUUUUGGAGGGCAGCCUGUAGCUUCGGCUGGAACAAACAAUCUUGAACUUGUGGAAAAAUAAAUUGACACCAAUCAGAUUUUCUGAAGUCCAUUAAAAACAAAUCCGGAUCAAUAAAGCCAGAGCAGGCUUCACACCUGCACUGAUACUGAAAAGAAUAACUAACAUCUCCUCUACACAUGUGUGGAUACAAACACUGUGUUUGCAGCUGAAUGCAAAAGUUACAGUUAACAGUACAUAGAGGUUAAACCAGGGGAAACAUUUCUAAUCUUGGAUUAUUUUAAUUCAUUCACAGCACAAAACUCGUGUGUGAAAUGUAUUAAUAAGAGCGGUGGUGAAUUAACAUUGGCUGUUUUGUAGCAGAUGGGCAUCUCACUGCACACUGUAAAGACAAAUGAAAGCAUUUACACAGUGUGGUGCUCAGCUGCCCCGUAUCGCAGACACAACCUGGAAACACAGUCUGCAGAAGGUUCAUAACAUCAUCCUCCCAUCCAGACCACAGUCUGUGCUCCCUGCUUCCCUCUGGGAAGAACGAGGUUCAGGAACCUCUGAUCCAGAAACAACCAGCUCAGGAACACCGUCCUCACAUUUUAAACCCUAAACACACACAAGCACACAAAAAUAACAUUGUGCAAAUGUGAAUCCAUGUACAUAUUUACUCUGUAGGCUUCUCUUUCAUUCAUGUUCGUUACUCCGGACAAUGAUGUUAUAUCGUUUCCACUUCACAUCAGAUACCAAACUUUGUGUCAUAGUUUGAGUAUUGUGGUUUUCAGUGACAAUAAAACAGUCUAAUCCAAA